AUGUCCAACUCUGUGCUAGACUCGAAGAUUAAGGCCUUCGUCGUCUGCGGGUCAAAGGCUGGAGACACAGAAUUCAAGAUCUCAAUCCCAUGUCUCCAGCAUCUCGCGGGGCCUGGUGAUACAGGAGUGAACACGAACCCCGCCGGGUCUGAUACGAAGACAUACACUUAUCCAACAGUAAAGUCGGCACAGUUCGCCAUUCCAUGUCUUAAGGACUUUGAUCCCGGAAAUGAAUCGAUUUUACAUACAAGAAACCUCACAUUUCUAAAGAAGUACAUCCGCGGCGCGGAUUUCGAUCUGGAAGCCAUCUGGAAGGAGCAUACGUUCUUUGAAUUUGCUGCACGCUCUGUUCCUAAGACGAUGGGGACCAUGGUGCAGGAGCCUUAUGUCAAUCACAUUCCCACGAUGACAGGCGGUAUUGGCCGAGAAAGACUGACCAACUUCUACCGGCACCAUUUCAUCUUCAGCAAAACUGAAGACACCGAGAUGACCCCAGUCAGCCGAACGGUUGGCAUUGAUCGUAUCUGCGACGAGUUCAUAUUCAAGUUUACGCAUGACAUGCAGAUGGACUGGCUGGUGCCCGGUAUUCCUCCUACUGGAAAAAGAGUCCAGGUGCCCUUCACAUCUGUGGUGUGUGUGCGUGGUGACCGGUUGUAUCACGAGCAUAUUGCAUGGGAUCAAGCUUCUGUGCUCGUCCAGCUGGGCCUGUUGCCUGAAUAUCUCCCUUUUCCGUAUCCGCUUCCAGAUGGAUCCAGGCCGGGUCCUGGGAGGGGAUUUCAAUAUCGAGUACCGGCUGCGGGGAUUGAAACUUCGAUCAAGAUGCUCGACAAGAAUAAAGUGCCGUCGAAUGAAAUGUUGGAAUACAAGAUCCGAGAGGUGGAUAUAUGA